AUGUCCUCCAACAAUAAUCAAUCAAGCUCCAGGAAUGAUCAAUCAGAAUUUCAGGAAUUACGUACCCUUCGUACACUUCGUGCUAGUUUAACAAGCGUAGAUAUAUUCACAAAGCAAGUCUUACAAGAUUUAGAAAUAAUGACCAGGAAUUAUGAAGCUAUAUCAGCGAUUUGUGAAGGAUGGAAGGUUGAACUAGAAAAAGUACCCUUUGAUUCGGAUAAAAUUAAAUGCGAUGGUGAUGAAUUUACUAAUUAA